GUGUGUGUGUGUGAGAGAGAGAGAGAGAGAGAGAGUGAGUGAGUGCAAAAACUCUAAUGAGGUCAUGCAGCACAGGAGGUUCAGUGGCAGGAUGAAGAAGCCUUUUUAUUGCCAUUUGUAAACUGAAACAUAUGUGAGCUAUAUUCACUGUGUAUGUGUGUGUGUGUGUGUCUUGACAGUGUCUCUUCAAAGGAUCCACACCCUCCAAUCCCUCAUAUCUCCCUCUCUACUUCUCUCCCUUCGUCAAAGCAGUCAUUGUGAAUGCUUCAGCUUCUGACUUUAUCCAGAGAAAGAAAGAAGUUGCAUACUGCACUUUAAAUUUCAACACACAGGCCUGUUUCCUAUAGCGGAAGUUGAUGUGUUUCUGCAUUCACUCGCAGCUACUUCAGUAUUAUUUGCAAAUCAUGCACUAACUGAUCAAUUUAUACUGUAAAUGAGUUCAGUUUGCGUGUUUCAAGUCAUUACAUUUUGGUGGAUUUUGAAGUACAUUGUACAAAUUGCAUUUCCAAAGGUGACUGUGGCAGCUGUCAGCCACACAAAACCAAGGAGGGGUUUUCCAUCACAGCCUCCUUCCCUUGAAACACAUAAUAAGAAACUCAGUCUCAUUGGCUCCCGUCUUUCUGCUGUGUUUUUUCUGCUGGUCUGCCGUUGUGUCCAUGUCAUUUCAUCACUGCCACAGGAAAUGAGUCGAUGUGUUAGUCUCUAUAUUCUGAUUAAGACUGUGAAAUUGUCUCAGUCAUAUUCACAGACUAAGGUAAGACUUGACAGUGUUCACUCUCAGCCCUUUCUUGAGCACCAGCGUACCUUUUAAGCUCAGCGUGGUCUGCUGAAAUUUCAGCAAUUCAGCUUAAUUUAAAAUGCAAAUCAGUAGCCUCAGCUCAGAGUGAUAGAAAUACUUUUCCCUGCCACUGAGAGUUCUGUCAUGGUGGAGGCUGAAUAGAAACAUCUGUAGUUGUUAGGACAGUGGAAACGUGCAGAUGGGAAUUUGGCUUUAAAUCUUGAGAUCUGCCAGCACAGCUUCUCCAGACAGUUUUUGCUGAGAAGUUCUCUUCAGUGAGUUUUUUCAAGCCAAAAUCAAAAAGUGUCAUUUGCCUCAAUGAAGUAUGACUAAAUUCUGAUGCAAUUAGUCUUGUAAUGCAUCAUUUGAUUAAAUUAUCAACAGAAAAUUACAUGAUUUCAAGAUCAUUUUGAUGAAUUUACCUCACCAAUUGUCUUUCAUGAAGUCGAAAUGUCAAAUAUUUGCUGGUUGGUUGCUUGAUUUGUGAUUAUAGACUCUUGGACUGUAGGUCACAUUAAGUAAGCAAAUAUCAGACUGUUGACUUGUAAUGAGCAUUUAUCUUGAUUUUACAUUUACCAGGUGACAAAUAAGUGAGGCAUGUGUACUGUCCCCUGCACAAGCUGUGAACCCACAUCUAUUUAUGAUACUGUACUGUAAUCCUCACAUUCAUGUUCAUAAUGUGUAGCCUGUGUUACAGAGGUUGUGCUAAUUGCACACCUUUGCCCACUUUCUGUCACCUUAAGACCUCUCCUCCUGAUCUGUACAAGCAUUAGUACUAAUGAUGGGUAACCCACAAUGUUUGACAAACAGAGUUGUGUGUGGCACUGCCUGGUAUGAAUGGUCUGUAUUAGUGGUUGCUCUGCAUAUAGCAGAGUGCCUAUUUAAACAUCCAUUUGUUUGUGUACUCAGACUAAAACUCGACUCAUCUGUCUUCAACCUGCUCCAACUCUGCUGUUAUAGCUUUGAAUCCUCACUGAGUUUUUAAAUGUGACUCUCCAAAAUGUGUGAUGUAGGAAACACAGACUUAAUUUUCCAUGUACUCCAGCUUCCCCUUAAUAUUAUUUGGCGUCUUAAAUAUUCAUAUUUAGUGUUGCCACAUGCAGACAUCACACACAUUCACAGUUUCCAUGAAAAGCAUGGCAGGUUUAAGCUCUUGAUGCUGAAGCAUGUGUACUGUACAUGUUGUCCUGUUUAUGCUUGGCUCUCACUCAGUGUUUAGGCUUAUUUUCUGUGGCGUUUUAAGGGCUUUUUCCCCCCAUCAUGGUCCAUAUUGGGGAAAUUAGUGACAGUCAUAUAAAAGAUAAGCUGAAGCAGCUUAUCUUUAAUAAGACCUUAACUGGCCCAUGAAUUAUCAUGUCAGAGAUUCUGUAUUAGGGUUCGGUCAGUUUAUUGAUACUUUCAGUAAACAUUACACAUUAGUCUAUGAGGGCCAAAAUUAAUAUAAUAGAGGUAUGGUUGUUUAUACUUCUGCAAACAGACAGUUUGUGCUGCUCGUUGCUGUCUCCUCUCAGAUGGUCAUCAGUCUGGGUUUCACUAGGAGAAUUUUAUUCUGUCAUGAUGCUCUAAAUGUUUCUCUGUGUAUAGAAUACAUUUCAAAGGGAGACACUCAAUCCUUGUGUUUUAUUAGUUUUUUACCAAAAUUUCAUGACAAAGAGUAACCAAUGCGAAGCUGCCACAGGUCUUAUUUUGAGGCAGAACAGCAGUGUCUAUUUACAGUGUGAAACACAGAAAGUGACAGACCAUGCUGGAACAAGUGAGAUUAAAUGGUGAAGAAAGCUAAGUGACACUGGUGGACUGAGAAAAGAAGGCUGGUAGGGUAUACGUGAGUGUCAAGACUGUGCAAACACAUGAAGAAAGCAGGAAGAAGGAAGAGAAAGAAAGGUGAUAAACUAAUGCAGUGUGGGAGUGAUGCACCGUUGAGAGAAAGAAAGCGAGAAGGAGGAGGAGAAUGUCAAAAUGAUACGUAGCUGAGAUGAAGAGGUAUCAUCAUCCUGGCAACCGGAUGGCUGCGGUGCUGGAGCCGUGUGGUGACUUCCUGUUUGUUAGCAGCAUACAGGAAGUAAGAGGCCCCAAGAGAAUGGUCUAACUGAGUGUGUAACUUAAAAUGAAGUGAGAGGCCGAGCUAUAGUGCAGCGUCCAGUGCAAAUAGAGUAAAGUGGAGAGAGGAAGAUGCCAGCCCCACCUCCCCCACCACCCCCUGGGCCUCCCCCUCCUCCCACCUUAGCGCUUGCCAACACAGAAAAACCGAAUCUAAACCGCUCAGAACAGCAGAACAGGAAUGCUCUGUUGUCCGAUAUUUCUAAAGGCACCAGAUUAAAGAAAGCGGUUACCAAUGACCGCAGUGGGCCCAUUCUGGACAAACCCAAAGGAGGAGGAGGUGGUGGAGGAGGAGGUGGAGGAGGAGGAGGAGGUGGAGGAGGUGGAGGAGGUGGUGGAGGAGGUUUUGGUGGCGGGGCUCCUGCUGGUUUAGGAGGCCUGUUUGCAGGAGGGAUGCCAAAACUGAGAUCUGCCACAAACAGAGACACCACUGACUCAGGACCCAGCCGAGGACCUGUGCUUCCCCCAGGAGGUCGCUCAAGUGGCCCCAGCCCCUUUGGUGGCAGCUCUGCUGGCCCACCUAAACUCCCUGGAGCCCCUGGUGGUGCCCGUAGCAAUGUCCCUGAUCUUCCCAAGGGCCGCCCAAAUUUUUCAUCCAGACAAGACACUCCAGGAGGUCCCCCUCCUCCCGUACCCAACACACCUCGACCAACCCAGUCCUUCCCAUCUCGUGGGGGCCCACCUCCACCAUCACUCCCCUCAGGACCCCGACCCAGCCCGGCUUCUGGGCCUCCUCCUCCCAGUGUUCCACCAGGGAGACACGGAGCUCUCCCUCCCCCACCAGGAGGCUCCUCACCCGGGCCGAGACCGGGCUUCUCCGCGCCUCCUCAUCCACCCCCAAACAGCGGCCGACCCCCCCUGCCGCCAGCACCCGGAGGGAGACCCCCGCUUCCCGACGACCGACCCCCCCCGCCGCCUGCUCCUCUGGGAGGUCAUCGGCCGUCUAUGCCCCGUGACAUGCCUCCUCCUCCCCCCUCUGUCAACUCCAAACCUCCUCCCUCUGUCUCUUCCUCCUCAUCCCCUCGUUCCUCACCCAGUGGUGGGGUGCCUCCUCUCCCACCAGGGCGACCGGGCCCUCCCCCUCUCCCACCCACCCCAGCUGGAGGGGAUGACCACAGCACACCUCGUCUACCCCAAAGGAACAGCUCACUCAACAGCCACAGUCCAGCUCCGCCUCAUGGCAGGACAGGCCCUCUCCCUCCCCCACCAAACGAGAGACCACCAUCUCUUGGGAGGAACCAAUCCUCAGCACGCACAGGGCCUCUUCCUCCCCCUCCUCCCUCAAGUCGUGGCGUGGGUGGGGGCAGCGUGAGGUCAUCGCCAGCGCCUUCCCCCAUUGGCCGCCCAGGCCCAGAUCCCCCUCGUGGCGGACCUGGCGGUAGACCUCCCCUCCCUCCGGACAGGCCAGGGACAGGAGGAGCCCCUCUUCCUCCACCACCCAUGGGUAAUGGCUUCCAAAACUCUCACCACAACCAGAUACAGGAUGAGUGGGAGUGUCGGUUCACUUUCCAUCCAGUGUCAGACCUUCCUCCACCCGAUCCCUACGUGCCCUUCCAGAAGACCUACCCCAGCAAGAUUGCUAAGACUGACGGCAAAGGUUCUGGUAAAAAGGAGAGAGGAGCUCCUCCUCUUCCUCCAGUACCAAGGUGAAGAAGAAGUGGCAGCCAUCACAACACCUGGAACCCCCCCCCCCCCCCCCUUUUCCUCACUUCCUCUGUUGCGCUCAUUCUGCUUUGAACUGUGGCAUUCUGUUUGUGUAUGGACAUGAGACAUGUAAAAUGGACCUGACGUACAGUUGACCAAGUAUAAAAGGACAGACUCACAAUGUGGAGUUUACAUCAGGUGCCUCUGUAGCAGCAGAAUGCCAAAGACCAAAGCUUGUUUCUACUCCGGUACGCUGUGUUCAGAUAAAAAGAUAAAUAGACUUGACAGACCCCUGUAGGUACUAGGAAUUUUUUUUCAGGUUUACAACCAUGCUGUGGGUGGAAGAUGUGUUUUUGGUGGCCUGUGUUGAUCUGGUUGCUGUGAAUCAUAAAUUGCUUACAAAAUAGUAUUUUCAAGAACCCUGAUCAACAUUGACUUUAUUCUAUCAACUUCCAUUGUUUGCUCACAGUGGUUGAUAGAUUCCAUACAUUGCUUGCUAAAUAUAAAAUUUUAUCAACCAGCUUCACUUUUAUUAAAUAAUACAAAGCCUUUCUCUGCAAAUAGAGUAGCAUUUGACAGGUAGCACGUGUGUGUUUACACAGCCCAGGUACACAGCCUAGGUAAAGCUAAAUCAGCAUCUUAUGGCAAUAUUAUUGUCAACAUUGGAAUCCCAGGGUUAUCAUGCAGCAACAGUGCAGGGCUUAUAAUGUAACCAGUCGCCUCUCUCAAGUGUGUUGACAAGCUGUUUCUCUCUUUUUUUGUACCAGUGUUUCCCUUGUGCCUUUCUCUAUUCAGGAUUGUACUUUCAGGCUGCUUAAACAAGUUAAGGGAAUUAGCCUUUUGUGCCUUAAAUUAUGUAUGUAUGUUUGUUCAGCUGGGUUUGAUGACCUCUGUCAAUGAUGUAAAUGUCAAAACAGAAGCAAUACAGCCUCUCAAUUGCUACAUUGCCUAGAAUACUUGGCGCAGCAAAGUGUCUUAAUUACAGCAUCAAUACACAGACAGGCAUGGAACCAAACUAAAAAUGGCCACAGACUCUUGCCACUGCUGCAUAAAAGAUCAGGGGAAACGCAGGUGUUUAAUUUGCCAAAGCCACACGUGCCUUCAUGGUAUGUGUAUUUACAUCUAUGUGUUUCUGUUGGAACCACUGAACGGUACUUUUCCUAUGAUUGUUAAAUGUGAUGUGAGCAUGCAUUUAAUGUUUAUGAUUGAGAUGUUUUAAAGGACAUUGUAUGGGUGUGUGGCAGCAUUGGUUUACAGUUGAACUGAUUAUUAUUUUGCUUAAAAGCUGCCCUGACUUACUAUGAAGGACCUGUGUAUGUACCUGUAUGAUUUAAUCAAAUGGUAUUGAAGGACUGUAUUAUUUUAAGUUAUGUUUCAGAACUGUGCAGUAUUACGUUUUGGCUUCACCCAGCACUGCUUUGAAUGGUCUUUUGUAUACAGGAUGUAUUAUUAUCAUGUGUUGGUCAAAGAGACAUUUUCUUUAAGACAAUCAUACAGAAGCAAAUCUAUUUAGAUCAAUGAAUAAAAUGCUUUAAGAUGC